ACUAUAAUCGUUUCUCUAUAAUUUUGAAGCUAUGGUAAAUUCAUAUCCUGGUUAUAUUUCCUUGGAUGAUAUUCUUGUUGAUAUUGGUGAAUGCAACAGUCCUGGUGACUGUAGCUUUGAAAAUGGAAUAAGCAACUCAAAAUGUCUGUGGAGAAAUGUUGGUUAUCCGCUUGAUAAUUAUAACUGGAUUGUCCAUUCUGGUUCCACACCAUACUACGGCACUGGUCCUAAUUUUGACAGAAAAGGAUCCACUACAGGAAAAUACAUUUAUAUGAGGGGAAACUACGGAAGUAUGGGUUCUAAAAGCUGGCUGGUUAGCAACUACUUUAAUACAUCAAGAAAAUGUUUCACAUUUUGGUAUUAUAUGUAUGGAUCAACUGUUGGUUCCCUCAAUAUAUACGAACAAACUAUGGGAAAAGAAAUGAAGCCUUUGUGGACUGUAACUGGUAACAGAGGAAAUUUUUGGCUCCAUGGUCAAUUAACAAUCAACUUUACCAUUGGAUCAAAAAUUAGGAUCAUUGUUGAAGGAGUUCGAGGUUGGAGUAGUUCCAGUGACAUUGCUCUUGAUGAUUUCAAAUUUUUGGAUGAAACUUGUGAUAUACUUCCACUAACUGCCAAACCUCCACGCUUUGGCAUCCCUAUAAGCAUUUGUCCAUCACGAACUAUUACGCUUUCUAAAGGACAUAUUGUGUCACCAAAUUACUAUCCACGUUACUAUCUCUACGCAAGAUGCACACUGACGAUUAAACAACCUCUUAAUACAAUCUUCAACUUCAGUUUUUCUAAUAUCUCUCUUGACUCUUAUUUAAUCGGUAAUAGAACAAGAUGCGUAGAUUCUCUCACUAUAUCUGGUGGAACUUCAAGACAAUUUUGUACCGAGACGACGUCCAUGACAUUUUUACCUCAAACCAGUGUUGCGGUUUUGACGUUCAGUGCUUAUUUGAACAGACGGUUUGAAGGUUUUGCUCUUGACUUCGAUACUAUCAGGAGUGAUAACCAACCUCCUGCCUUCAGUGUCUGUUCUAACAAGACGAUAUCCAGUAACGUUGGUCGUAUUUACUCACCUGGGUUUCCGUUUGGCUACAACUCUAGCUUAAGAUGUAGUGUUACUGUGAUGAUUCCUCAGGACAAAUCCUUAGAAAUUGUAGUCAACUAUAUUGACAUCUAUAGGAAUUAUUAUUCUGGGUGCAUUUAUGACGAGUUGGUCAUAUCAGAUGGAUCAACUUCUAAUUCUACAUGUGGAAAGUCCAUUGUAAAUAGUCGUCCACUUUUCUUUGUCAACGAGAGAGUUAAUGUCAGUUUUCGCUCCUCUUGGAGCAGUGGUAGAUCAGGAUUUUUGCUGACAUUUAGGGUAGUGAAGAUAUCAGGCGAUUGCAGCUUUCAUUUCGGACUCCAGAAUUGUCAGUGGAAUAACGUUGAUUUGGUUGACAACUUUAAUUGGACUGUCCAUUCUGGCCCCACAGGAAGUUAUGCUACUGGUCCUUCAAAUGAUAGAAGAGGAUCUACUACAGGAAAGUAUAUUUACAUCGAAACAUCAAGUCCUCGAGUGCAGGGUGAUAAAGCAUGGCUGGUCAGCAACUAUUUUAAUUCGUCCGUUAAAUGCUUCAAAUUCUGGUAUCAUAUGUAUGGAUCAACAAUUGGCUCUCUCAAUAUAUACGAACAAUCUAUGAGAGGAGGAGCAUUAAGUAUGAUUUGGACCCUUAGUGGUAAUAGAGGAAAUUAUUGGAGACAAGCCCAAGUUACAAUAUUUGCCAACUUUAGUAGAUUGCCAACCAGGAUAAUUGUUGAAGGUGUUCGAGGUUCUAGUUUUACGGGUGACAUUGCUCUGGAUGACUUUGUUUUCUUCGAUGGUCAAUGUAAUAUUCAUCCAACAUAUGCCAAGCCAGGUUUUAGAAGUUCAACAGUAAGUCCAUCAAUAUAUACAACAUCGUUUUAUACAACACCAUCAACAACAUCAACAGCCAUAACACCAGUAAACCUCGUGUGUGACUUUACCAGCGACCAAUGCAACUUUGUGAUGUAUGGAAGUCUUGCACGAGUUAGAAACGCGAAAAAUUCAUCCAUUGUCGACCACACUACAGGAACUUCGUCUGGUUAUUUUGUGCUUCUCGAAUCACAAUUCAACUAUGUUUACAAAUACGGAUAUAUGAUAAAACAGUUAAGCAAUGUGCGAGGUGAUCUAUUCUGCUUAACUUUUUGGCACGAAAUCAAUGCCAACAAUUCUGCUGCAUGGCUAUGGGUGUAUUAUAAUUCAUGGAUAACAAUAUGGACGCGUUCAAACGCUAAUGAAACAUCGUGGAAAAGAGAAAAAAUUACCAUAAACGCAACAGAUGGUUUUAUUUCUCAAAUUAUAUUUCAUGCAUCUGUUUACUCUUAUCCUGCUUAUGUCGCUUUGGACGAUAUUUCUUUGGUCAGUGGCAAAUGCGUUGAUGAUGAACCCGUUCGAGUUAUCUUUGAUGAUUGCGUGGAAGCUCUUGAAAAAUCGUGCACAAGCAAAAGUGACAAUAGAAAGUAUUACAUAAAAUCACGCGAUCGUUUGGGUUACACCGAAACAGAAUGUCGUAGGGGUGGUGGUCCAAACCUUAAAUGUACUGGCAUUGGAUGGACAUUUCUUGGAAACUUAACUUCAAGUUAUAGUUCGGAUGUGACCAGUUAUGAUUCAAGAAUUUGGCUAUCAAAGGAUGGCGACCAAACAAACUUCAAUUCCCAAUUCUGGAGUGCCAAUGUCUCUGAGUUAUGCUUGCAGACAAAUUAUGGCCGAAUACAAAUUCCAGUUGCAGCACCAUCUCCUCGUAGUUUAUUUUUUCAAAAAAAAAUAUUAAAUAUUUCUCAUAUUUUUCUGGAUUCGUUUGCCUUGCUUUGGUUUUAUCAACAACGUCCAAAUUUCAUACAAGGCUGCUACGAAGUUGGAAUUAAUGUUGGGGAUCCAAAUUUCAUCCAGGCUCGUGUUGGAAUUGUAUCUACUCAAGGAUCAGGAUGCAAUAAUACAUCACCACAAGCUAUUGGUGUUGGAAUAAAACUACCUAACAGAAAAUCUGUAAGCAUUAAUGGUGUGGCGUCAAUAGCACCAACCUUGAUUUGGCUUCGUUCCUCAACUUCGAUUCUAUGUUCGCUCACGUCUGAUUCAAACUUAACAUUUACCUAUAAAAUGUUACCGAAUUACAUGUUCUACUAAUACCUUGCUAAUUUUGUUCUUUAUGCACUUAAGUCCCUGUAUCAUUUCCUUAAUAUCUUUCAUAUACUUACCUAUAUACAAUUGAAACAUGAUAAACAUCAAUUUAUUUUUGAAAUACAUUUUAAUUCUUUUGCAUGCACAUUAUUUUACUAAAGGACUGUUGUGGCCAUUGUGUUUAAUAUUAAUCUUUUCCAAAA